AUGAAAGAUGACCGUGUAAUUGUGAGAAGAGGAUAUGUGCUGAUAGUUAAUGAGGAUGCCGAUGGUAAUUAUAUCAAGUUUGAAGUACAGUCGAGGUCGUUUACUGUGCGUAAAUAUAUAAACGUUGCGAUGCUUAUAUUACUCUGCUCUUUAUUGCAUAGAAACAUGAAUAGGAUAUCGCACCUUCUGAGGCUACCACAGGAAUACCAUACACAUUUUCAAGUGAUAUCGAUGGUUCUUUGCUGUCUUGUUUUCAAAGAUAAAACGGUAGACUCGUUGUCAAUUAUUAAAAAUUACGGUAUACAAACUACUAAAAUCGGUGGACUUUCAAUAUUGCCUUACGGUGUGAAUAAGGCUCUUUUCACACAACACGAGUUCAUACCAAGGUAUACUGUUGUUGAUCUGGUUAUCAAUGAGGGAUUUUUCAAAGGUUUCCAAGUGGUAUUCUAUCUUGCAGUUAUUAUCAGGGAUAUCAACGAAUUGAAGCUUUUAUUCAUGUCAAAUCCUAUAAAAUUAGAUGAUCAGAGACUAAUUUACCAAAUGUCAAGAAAUUAUCUAUGUGAAGAGGGAAAUGGUUCGGAAUGA